AAAUCUGAUUCUUCUAUUUGCAGGACCAAAGCCUUAUGUGACUGUGAAUGAGAAAGGAGAGAGAGUUUUCCAUUGUGAUGGAUGUACCUGUACAUAUAAGAACAAUCAACAAUUCUUUUUAUGUCUAAAGAGUCACCACGGUGAAAAACCAUUGAUAUGUCAUACAUGUGGAAGCAGGUUUGAAAACAUUUUUCAUUGGACAAGGCAUAUGAUGUCGCACACUGAGAUGAAAAACUAUGAAUGUCAGUACUGUGGAAAAUUGCUUAAAUGCAGAAAGACCUAUCUAAAUCAUAUCAGAUUAGAGGAAGGCAAACAACCAUUUGUCUGUGAAAUAUGUGGAAAAAAAUGCACCAGUAAUUACAAUUUGAAGAGACAUUUGAUCUUACAUAAUCCUAAAAUGACCAAAUGCAAGAUAUGUCAGAAAAGUGUGAGAAUGGAUUUAUUGAGUGGACAUAUAUUCAAUACACACACUAAUACAUUUACAUGUGACAUCUGUGGGCAUCAGUUUUCUCAGAAAAAUAAUUUGAAGGUCCACCAGAGAAUCCAUACUGGAGAAAGACCAUAUAAAUGUGAAACAUGUGAUAAAUGUUUCAUCCGAAUGUCUCAUCUCAAUUAUCACAGGAAAAUAUGUCUUAAAUUGGUGCAUAAGAACAUUAAUGAAAACAAAAUGUUACAUAAUCAGUGAUCAUAUUAAAUAAGAAUGCAAUUUGUUUUGGAAAAUACGUGUAACAUUAUUGUUGAGGAUGACAUAAGGCAAUGUGCUUCCAAAUGGAAGUGUUAUAUGAAUGUAAUAUGAUAGUGAGGGAUCGCAUUAUAAAGUAGUACAAUGUGCUUUAAAUAAAAGGUAUAUCAUGAUAGCGAAGGAUCACAUUAGACACGCCUAACCAUCAACAAGGUACAGUGACAAAAUAUACCGUAGUACACU